CACAAGGUGAGGAGUGGGCAGCCGGGAGAGAGCCUUGGGGUGGGACCCUGGGAUGGGGGCUCUCAUUCCCUGUCAUCCGAGCCAGGGGGAGGGACACCUGAAGAAGACGUGGGCAGGCUGGAGACACAUGUUCCGCGAGCAGCCAGUUGACGAGAUCAGGAACUACUUUGGGGAAAAGGUGGCCCUGUACUUCGCCUGGCUGGGCUGGUACAACUACAUGCUGGUGCCGGCCGCCCUGACAGGCCUCUUGGUCUUUCUGAGCGGAUUCUCGCUGUUUGAUGCCAGCCAGAUCAGCAAGGAGAUCUGUGAGGCCCACGACAUCCUCAUGUGUCCCCUCGGCGACCACAGCCGCAGGUACCAGCGGCUCUCGGAAACCUGCACUUUCGCCAAGCUCACCCACCUCUUUGACAAUGACGGCACGGUGGUGUUCGCCAUCUUCAUGGCUCUCUGGGGUGAGUUGCUGCGGGACGCCUCUGCGGGGCCGGGGGAAGUGCCAGCCUGAGCUCCAAGGUCCACCUGGCCUAGCGCAGUGAUGCCCCUCCUUGCCCCCACCGCAGCCACGGUGUUCCUGGAGAUCUGGAAGCGGCAGCGUGCCUCUGUGGUCCUGCACUGGGACCUGUACAUGUGGGACGAAGACCAGGAGGAAAUGGCACUUCAGCUCAUUAACUGCCCUGACUACAAGCUCCAGCCGCACCAGCACUCCUACCUGCGCAGCACCGUCAUCCUCAUCCUGUCCCUCAUCAUGAUCUGCCUCAUUAUCGGCAUGGCCCACAUCCUGGUGGUCUACCGCGUCCUGGCCUCCGCACUCUUCAGCAGCUCGGCCCUGCCCUUCCUGGAGGAUCAGGUGACCACGGCAGUGGUGGUGACCGGAGCCCUGGUGCACUAUGUGACCAUCAGCAUCAUGACCAAGAUCAACAAGUACGUGGCCCUGAAGCUUUGUGACUUCGAGAUGCCCAGGACCCACUCAGAGCGAGAGAGCAGGUUCACCAUCCGCUUCUUCACACUGCAGUUCUUCACCCAUUUCUCGUCUCUCAUCUAUAUCGCCUUCAUCCUGGGCAGGAUCAACGGCCACCCCGGGAAGUCCACGCGCCUGGCAGGCUUGUGGAAGCUGGAAGAGUGCCACGCCAGCGGCUGCAUGAUGGACCUGUUCCUGCAGAUGGCCAUCAUCAUGGGCCUGAAGCAGACACUCAGCAACUGCUGCGAGUACCUGAGGCCGUGGGUGAGCCACAAGUUCCGCUCUCUGCGGGCCUCCUUGGCCGGGCACCUGCCCCGGGACCCCGAGCUCAGGGACUGGCGGCGCAACUACCUUCUGAACUCUGUCAACACCUUCAGCCUGUUCGACGAGUUCAUGGAGAUGAUGAUCCAGUACGGCUUCACCACCAUCUUCGUGGCCGCCUUCCCGCUGGCGCCGCUGCUCGCGCUCUUCAGCAACCUCGUGGAGAUCCGCCUCGACGCCAUCAAGAUGGUCUGGCUGCAGCGGCGCCUGGUGCCGCGCAAGGCCAAGGACAUCGGGACCUGGCUGCAGGUGCUGGAGACCAUCGGUGUGCUGGCGGUCAUUGCCAACGGGAUGGUCAUCGCCUUCACAUCUGAGUUCAUCCCCCGCGUGGUCUACAAGUACCGCUAUAGCCCAUGCCUGAAAGAAGCCAACUCCACCGUCGACUGCCUCAAGGGCUACGUCAACCACAGCCUGUCUGUCUUCCACACCAAGGACUUCCAGGACCCGGAUAGGAUUGAGGGCUCAGAAAACGUGACUCUGUGCAGAUACAGGGACUACCGCAAUCCCCCCGAUUACAACUUCUCCGAGCAGUUCUGGUUCCUCCUGGCCAUCCGCCUGGCCUUCGUCAUCCUCUUUGAGCAUGUGGCUUUGUGCAUCAAGCUCAUUGCCGCCUGGUUCGUGCCCGACGUCCCUCAGUCAGUGAAGAACAAGGUUCUGGAGGUGAAGUACCAGAGGCUGCGUGAGAAGAUGUGGCAUGGAAGGCAGAGGCUGGGCGGGGUAGGGGCAGGCUCUCAGCCCCCGAUGCCCGCCCAUCCCACCCCAACCUCCAUCUUCAGUGCCAGGAGCACAGACGUGUAGGGCCAGAGCCCGUCUAGAGGCCACUAGGAGCUGAGACGGUGCCACCACCAGCACCUCCCACCAGCCCACCGCUAUGCGUGUUGAGGGGUGCUGUAAGAAGGCCAUGCCUAUGGGGGGCCACAGGAGUCCCCUGUAUGUUCAGGGCAUCUGGGAGCUGCCGGCCUGUUCCGCCUGCUCCGUCUUUGUGGAGGCUCUCAGGCUUGGCACAGACCUGACUUGAACUCUGGGUGAUUCCAGGCACCCACAGAACUGGGAGUGGGGGGCUCCUCAGGCAGCCACAAGGCAGGAAAACUGGCGCAAGUUUCCUGGGCCUCCCUCUGACUUCUGGGCGCCAGAUCCAGCCAUGCCCCCAUCCUGGCUAUUGGGGGUAGCCUGAGCCCACCUUGCUGGCCUGUUCCCUUCAGCCAGCAGCAGCUUCUGUAAUAAAAUUAAACCUGUCUGUCUUGC